CGCCCGCAGCGUCCCGGCGGGGCGGCGGCGCGGGCGGGCGCGGCCCGGUGUGCCAGCGAUGCCCGGGGCAGGCGCCGCCAUCGGCGCCCGCAGCGGCGCUCCGCGUGACGUCACGGCGAAAGGAGGCGCCGAUUGGCCGGCGCGGCCCGGCGCCCUCACGCGUCCGCCCGCCAUUGGUUUCAUGGCGGAGCCGCGGCGGCGCGCGCGGCGGUACCGCUUCGAGGAGGGUCCGGCGGCGCUGGUCGUGCGUGUGCCCGAGGUGCUGGACUCGCAGUACGGGCUGUACGCGUGGCCCAGCGCCGUGGUCCUGGCGCAGUACGUGUGGGCGCAGCGGCGGAGCCUGCCCGGCAGGCGAGUGCUGGAGAUCGGAGCCGGUGUGAGCCUGCCGGGCGUGGUGGCCGCCCGGUGCGGCGCGCAGGUGACCCUGUCGGACAGCGAGGAGCUGCCCCGCUGCCUGCAGAGCUGCCGCCGCAGCUGCCUCAGCAACCGCCUGCCAGACGUGCCCGUCGUCGGGCUCACCUGGGGCCGCGUCUCGCCAGAGCUCCUCUCUCUUGCUCCUGUAGACAUUAUUUUAGGCUCAGAUGUCUUUUUUGACCCCAAAGACUUUGAAGAUAUUUUAACUACAAUUUACUUCUUGCUGGAGAAGAAUCCACAUGCUCAGUUCUGGACUACUUAUCAAGUCCGAAGUGCUGACUGGUCUAUCGAGGCUCUGCUCUGCAAGUGGAACCUGAGGAGCAUCCACAUUCCCCUACACUCCUUUGGUGCAGACAAGGAGCACUUGGCCAGCUCGUCUCUCCCAGGAAGGCACACAAUCGAAAUGAUGAUCAUCUCACUGGCACAGUCAGAGGGCACUUCAGUUUAUUCCACUUUAGGUUCCAGUACAAGGUGAUACUCAGCUGUUCUGAUCUGCAGAAAACAGUCCUGUUUACAGCAAACCUCGUGUAUAUUUCUGGGAAGCAGUUAAUUCUUAAAACAUGCAUUGUAAAAAUAAAGCUGUUUGGUUUUUUUCCA